AUGGCCUCCACCAUGACCUCCAGCGCUUUCACGGGCACCAGCCUGAAGACCACCCAGGCAGCCAGGUCUAAGUCGUUUCCCAGCCUGACCAUCGUGGCCAGCGGCUCCAAGACCAACAUCUCCAAGCAGGGGCUGAACAGCGUCAAGAACAAGGUCGUGAAGCAGAACCUCAUGGGCAUAGCGCCCUCCAUGGAGAAGAAGGGCUGGGUGGACGCGCAGGGCCGCAAGGGCAAGGGCAAGGGCGUGUAUCAGUUCGCCAAGAAGUACGGCGCCAAUGUGGACGGCUACUCGCCGAUCUACACCCCCGACAUCUGGUCGGACACCGGCGACAGCUACAGCCUGGGGCCCAAGGGCCUGAUCGCGUGGUGGGUGGCACUGUUUAUCUCCCAGCAUCUAAUAUUCGCUUCAGCGCGAAGCUGA